AUGGCGAAUACUACCCUCCCUGAUGAUAUUAUUGUGCAUGUUUUCUUGAGGCUGCCGGUGAAAUCUUUAAUCCGAUUCAGUUGCGUUUCGAAACGGUGGCGUUCUUUAGUAAUCUCUGACCCAGAAUUCGCGCAAUCCCAUUUUAAAUUAGUGUCCAAGCAGAAAACCCUCAACCGCAGACUCCUCCUCUCAACUGACUCUCAACUUGAAUCCUUAGACUUGGAAGCGCCGUCGUUUGGAGAUAAAAAUUCAGUGAGGAAGCUUGUCAGCCCAUUUAAGCUGGACGAUGGUGCCAAGAUACUGGGCUCGUGCAACGGCUUGGUAUGUGCGAUUGGUGUUCACGAAAAGUUUUAUAUCUGGAACCCAUCAACCGGAUUGUCCAAGACAUUAUCUAACACAGGUUCCUUUGGUUUGUGGCCAAGAACUGAAAUGCCUAUUCUGCAUAAUUGUUAUUAUGGUUUCGGGUACGUAUCGGCUAUUGACGACUACAAACUUGUGGUAGCCACUGAUUUCGGGGAGGUUGCGAUCUUCUCAUUGAGAGCCAUCGUUUGGAAGAGGAUGAAAGGCCCUGAUGAUCAGUCCAUCAUACAAACUGAUAAUGGGACUCUUUUAAAUGAGGCACUACAUUGGCUCCCGAGUCACCAACUGUAUAUGUUUGCUUUUGAUUUGGCCAAGGAGGAGUUUCGGAAGGUGCCUCUGCCUGUUACUUGCGAACUUGACGAUAUGCCUUUCCAAUAUCUAGGGCUUCUUGAAGGAUGCCUGUGUGCAUUACAACACAAGUCUUGUGAUUGUGACUCUAUUGAUUUCUGGGUCAUGACAGAAUAUGGCGUGCUUGAAUCAUGGACUAAGUUCUUCAAGUUCAAGAUUUUCGGCCCACCAGAGCGCCCUAGGGGUUUAAGAACGGUCUUUAUAUCAGAAAGUGGUAGCGUUGUGGUGAGAAAAUAUAGGUCCAGGGACAUUGAGUUGAUAAGGAUUGAGAAAAAAGAAGACAAGCUUAAUGAUAAAAAUGACAAAGUUGUGGUUUGGGGUGACAGGUAUACGCUAAAAUGGGGUUGUGAGAUUAAUGUUGGAUAUGAUGAAACUCUAUUGUGGGCCGUUUUUGCUGGGCUUAUGGAACAAAUUAGUUUUGUUGCCAGAUGCCUGGUUUCUAGGCAGCUAGGUCAGACUAUGGCUAUAAUUAACCACAAAACCAAGGAGGAGGGAAUGGAGAGUGGUAGAGAUCUGGUGGAGCUUUGGCUGGCAAUGGGAAGAGGAGAGGAAGGAGGGAGAGAGGGAAUUGGGGAAGGCUAA